UGUCUCCUCCGUUUUCAAUUACUCCGUACUUUAAUGAAUCUAUGUGCUUGUGUCGGGAAUGGGGGCCGGGGAGAUAGAUCUUUGAUUUUGGUUAGGGGCAUUUGAUGGAUUCGACGAAUGUUGUGCAAUUUGAACUAAAUGGCAUUGGGAGGAGCUGGUCCACAAAGAGGCACUGCUGCAGCUGCUGCUGCAAACAUGCGUCGCAGGAGGACAGCAGGCGGUGGAGGUGCUGCUGCUGGCGGGGCGAGUGGCACUAUGCUCCAGUUUUACACUGAUGACGCCCCGGGACUGAAGAUUUCUCCCAACGUUGUUCUCAUCAUGAGCAUUGGUUUCAUAGCUUUUGUCGCUGUUCUCCAUGUGAUGGGCAAGCUGUACUUUGUCCGUCGAGAAGCUUAGAGGAUCCUAACCAGUAAAUGUGGGUGAAUUAGUCUUAGUACACUCAGUUUUGAAGCUUAAACUUGUUCUAUAGGCUCUCUAGACUUCUAGUUUGUUUUGUAUUGUAUGGAUUUUUUUUGAUGGCAUAUCAAAAUUUUCUUCAGCAUCAGUGAAGACUGCAUUGUGCA